AUGGAUUUCUUUUAUGAUGAGCAAGCUGUAGCAAAUGAAGAAGAUUCUGCUCACCAACAAGAUGAGAAAACGGUACAGGCCUUCAACAAAUUAGAAGAUGAGGUAGCCCAAGGGUAUGUUAGAACAACUGAGGCGCUAAGAAGUUUUGUUCAAGAAUCUGACGGGGGUGUUCAGCUCAAUUUGAAAUUAAAUCCUGAUGUUUCGGAAAAGGCUCAACAGUACCUAGAACAACUAGAUGCUAAUCUGCAUAAUGUUGAAUCCCUUGCACAAGAUUACUGGACGCAGGUAGCGAAACCUGGGUUUUGGUCUUCAGUGACUGCAAAGCUUGGAACUAAACUAGAUGAGGUAGUUAAUCUUGGUGAGGAGAACUUGAAAAAUACUGCUGAACUCACUAAGCACAAUACCAUAGGUGGUAAUCGAACUGAAGCUGAAUUAAGAGCCCUUUCUACUGAUAAGAAUGUGUAUCUUAAUUCCAAAAGUGAGGUGGACAAAGAGAUUGAUGUAGACGCUAAAACAGACGAAAUCGCAAAAUUGGUGGAGCAAGAUAAAGACUUGGCAAAUUUGAUGAAUGAAAUAGUUCCACAAGACAUAUCAUAUACUGCGUUCUGGACAACAUUUUUUACAGAAAGACAAAGGAUUCUGGAUAUGGAAGACAAAAGAAAGAAAAUUCUUGAAGCUAACAGUCUCCUCAAAGAGGAGGAAGUUGGUUGGGAUGAUGUGGAAGACGAAGUUGCUGAAGACGAAGCUGCUGAAGAUGAAGAACCAGUCUUAGUCAAGAAGGAAGACACAGAUAGCUCAGAGAAUAUUUAUAACGAUGUCACCCCCAUACCUACAACAAAAGACAGUAAGCAAGUCCAGGAAGAAGACAGACAAGAAAAUGUUAAUGCUGAUGCUGAUGAUGACGAUGAUUGGGAAUAG